CCAAGCAAGAGAAUGCUAGUGUAAACCUCAAGCUUUACAGUAGGAGACGGAGAAGAUUGAUGCUCUCAUCCAAACCGGUGGACGAGAUCAGUCAGAACCAGGAUCUGGAGCGCUAUGAAGAGCACAGCAGACUGGAUUCAGAGCGCUUUCCAGAAGGUGUGACAAAUCAGAGUCAUGACAAUUUAUCUAUUAAGCGAGAUAUGGAUCAUAUCUACAACACAUUCAAAUUCUAUGGGACCACGGACAGUCCAGACAAAUAUUUGUGGAGGGUGAAUCUGAACUUCAAUUUCCCUUUCUACGGACAUUCAUUAAGGAAAAUGGUUUUGACCAGUAUCGUCAGUACUGGGUUGACAGUGGGUGCUUAUUUGAGGUGAAUAGAUACAGCAUAUCCUCCACUUUUAUCUUGAGUUGUUUCUCCAUUCCACGGUCUCCCAUUUUUACUAACUUAUUCUAGUAGUAUUUUAAGAUAAAGAACCAGAGCUGCGACAGAAGCAGCUUGUCAUUAGAAGCAGCACUCCAGCAGUGCAGACAGGAGUGAUGGCAGUGUGUAGAACUACAACAUCACCUACAUCAGCCUCUUCAGUCACCACCAAACUCACCAGCACACCUUUAUUCAGAAGAAAUCUUUCUA